GGGACCUGAGACCACCCCUGCCCUGGGUCCAGCUUUCCCGGACUGGUCCUCCCCCUCCCCCCAGCCCGCCAGCCUGCCCCCAGGUCCCUGUCGAAGGUGUCCUGCAGACCAUGAACUGAUUCCUGGUUCCAGGCCGUUCAUGAGCACAGUGUGAGGCGUGCCGAGACCUGCUACCCAGCAAUCCCCUCCCCUCCCUAGCACUGAGGAUCCCCAGAGAAGAUGGGGAGGAAAAAGAUUCAGAUCCAGCGAAUCACUGAUGAGCGGAACCGACAGGUGACAUUCACCAAGCGCAAGUUCGGACUGAUGAAGAAGGCGUACGAGCUGAGCGUGCUCUGUGACUGUGAGAUCGCGCUCAUCAUCUUCAACCACUCCAACAAGCUGUUCCAGUAUGCCAGCACCGACAUGGACAAGGUGCUGCUCAAGUACACGGAGUACAACGAGCCGCAUGAGAGCCGCACCAACGCCGACAUCAUCGAGACCCUGAGGAAGAAGGGCUUCAACGGCUGUGACAGCCCGGAGCCCGACGGGGAGGACUCGCUGGAGCAGAGCCCCCUGCUGGAGGACAAGUACCGGCGCGCCAGCGAGGAGCUGGACGGGCUCUUCCGGCGCUACGGGUCAGCUGUGCCGGCCCCCAACUUUGCCAUGCCCGUCACGGUGCCCGUGUCCAGUCAGAGCUCACUGCAGUUCAGCAAUCCCAGCGGCUCUCUGGUCACCCCUUCCCUGGUGACAUCAUCCCUCACGGACCCGCGGCUCCUGUCCCCCCAGCAGCCAGCACUGCAGAGGAACAGCGUGUCUCCGGGCCUGCCCCAGCGGCCGGCCAGCGCAGGGGCCAUGCUGGGGGGAGACCUCAACAGUGCUAAUGGAGCCUGCCCCAGCCCUGUCGGAAAUGGCUAUGUCAGUGCCCGGGCUUCCCCUGGUCUCCUCCCUGUGGCCAACGGCAACAGUCUCAACAAGGGCAUCCCUGCCAAGUCUCCGCCCCCACCCACCCACAGCGCCCAGCUUGGAGCCCCCAGCCGCAAGCCCGACCUGAGGGUCAUCACUUCCCAGGGAGGAAAGGGGUUAAUGCAUCACUUGAACAAUGCCCAGCGCCUUGGGGCCUCCCAGUCUACCCACUCACUCACCACGCCAGUGGUUUCCGUGGCAACACCGAGUUUACUCAGCCAGGGCCUCCCCUUCUCCUCCAUGCCCACUGCCUACAACACAGAUUACCAGCUGAGCAGUGCCGAGCUCUCCUCCCUCCCAACCUUCAGCUCGCCCGGGGGGCUGUCGCUGGGCAGUGUCACCGCCUGGCCUCAGCCUGCGCAGCCGCCCCAGCCCCAGCCGCCCCAGCCGCCCCAGCCGCCCCAGCCGCCGCCCCAGCCGCCCCAGCCGCCCCAGCAGCCGCCCCAGCCGCAGCCCCAUCUGGUCCCCGUGUCUCUCAGCAGCCUGAUCCCGGGCAGCCCUCUGCCCCACGUGGGGGCCGCCCUCACAGUCACCACCCACCCCCACAUCAGCAUCAAGUCGGAGCCGGUGUCCCCUAGCCGCGAGCGCAGCCCCGCGCCGCCCCCUCCAGCUGUGUUCCCGGCGGCCGCCCGCCCGGAGCCUGGCGAUGGCCUCAGCAGCCCGGCCAGCAGCUCCUACGAGACCGGGGACCGGGACGACGCACGGGGGGACUUCGGGCCCACGCUGGGCCUGCUGCGCCCAGCCCAGGAGCCCGAGGCUGAGGGCCCCGCUGUGAAGAGGAUGCGGCUCGACACCUGGACAUUAAAGUGACGCUUCCCAGCCCCCUCCUCUCAGCCUCCCUGACGAAGAGUUGACAAUCUCACCGCCCACCCCUCCCGGCCCUGGGCUCCUCCCGCUCGACCCCCACUUCCUUUUGUGCUCCGUGUCCUGUUGACGGUUACAUUUGUGUAUAAUUAUUAUAUUAUUAUUAUUAUUAUUAUAUUUUUUUUAAUUUGGAUUCUCGCUUUGGAGAGGAGGAUGCUCCUGUCCCCUCUUUCUGCACCCCCCCCGCCAUUUUACUGGCUGGCGGGGGCUGUUUUUUGCGGGAAGGGGGGACACUUUGCACGUUGUACACAUAUGCUGCAGGAGGGGGUGGGGAGCCCGAUAGGCCUUUGGGACAGGACAGGUGCCGAGCCCUGCAUGCGGAGCCCUCCCACCCCAUCCCCCAGAUAGAGGGAGAUAACCAAAAAACCUACCAAACCACAAAAUCCCUUAUAAUAUACUGAAACCCCAAAGUCGGCCUGAUGGGUGGGUUUGUGUUUCAGGGGGCAAGAGAGCCCAGGUUCUGAAAAGAGUUUCUGUGUCUGGGCUAUUCCCGUGGCCACAGGCACAUGGGGUGAAAUGCCCAAGCCUGGCCCCCCAGUGCCCCUGCACACACACGACACUCUCACGGAUUCAUGUGUGAGCUGCACCCCCAAGGUGUGGGGGUGCUGGCUGAGCCUCUGGGCUGGGAAGGCUGCCUGGGAUUCGGAGGCUGGGGGCAGGGUUUGAGGUGGGGGCCCCUCGGAAGCACAUUUGGAAAGACGGAGAGCCAUGAGGAGGGGCCGAGAGCUGGGGUGAGGGGUGACUCGGGGCCCCCUUCUGUCCCUGGCAGUUUCUCUAAGAUAAACAGUGCAAUAGCUCCCCGUCCCUGGGCUGACACCAGCCCCCGAAAGCAGGCCACAAAGUGCAGGGAGGACGGGGAGGGGGGCAGCUCCAGUGAGGUGGCUCAGCAGGACCAGAGCCCCGGCAUCCAGGGGCAAGUGUGAGUGGGGGCUCUCUCUUCCUUGCACGGACACAUCCCCAAAGGAGGGACCCUGGGGUGGCGUGAGGGUGGGAGGCCCGCCUGCCUCCUUUCCUCCUGGGCCGUCCCCAGCCCCCUCCCAGCUCCUCCCGCCCUGACCCCACCUCCCCGGUCGCCUACCUCCUGUCCCACCACCCCUGGCAGCCCACCUUCCCUCUUGGCUACUGUAACUGUAAAUAGCAACCUUUGGAAAACGUUAGCAGUGUAACAGUCCAGGAAACUGUUUUUUUUGUUGUCGUUGUAUUGAUAUGAAAUGAGAUUCUAUUUUUGUCAAAGUAUAUUGUAAUAAUAAUGACUCAAGCGGCCCGUACUGUACAGAUGAGACUCUUCUGCUGUUGUUCUUGCUCCCCGCCCCGCCC